GGCGUUGAAGCAGCACGCAACUGUUACUGUGGGAACGCUCUGGUUAAUAACGCAGCUAGCGCUUCUUCAGAUGACUGCAGCGUUACCUGUACCGGCAAUCCACAAGAGAUCUGUGGUGCAGCCUGGCGGAUAAAUAUCUACAGCCUUGCGCUCACUACAGAAUCUCUAGCAGGCUAUUCUAAUUUAGGCUGCUGGAGUGAUGAUACUAUCCGAAUUCUUCCUGGGUCUCGUACAGCUGGAAGCGAUAUAAAUGUAGAAUAUUGUCGGAACUUCUGUUCUCAAAACUCUUAUACGAUAUUCGGCGUUGAAGCUAUAGCUAAUUGUUAUUGUGGGAACACUCUGGUUAAUACACCAGUUAGCGCUUCGUCAGAUAACUGCAGCGUUACCUGUGCCGGCAAUCCACAGGAGAUCUGUGGUGCAGGCUGGCGUAUAAAU